AUGGCAGAAGUGAGACAAGUGACAUUGCUAUCAGAUGGAAGGCUGCCGAGGACCUGGACUCCAGCACCUGCCUCACCCUCGACCCAUUCGACAGCGCGCUGCCCCAGACCACACCCUCGCCCUACACCCUCUCCUGUAGCAAGACUGGGAAGAUCACGAACCAGGACUCCGUCAUCUUCACCAUCAAGUCCUCGCGACCCUCGGGUCGACUUCCGACGGUUCGUGGUGCAGGCACUGGACCGUGAGAGCGGUGUGGCCGUAGGUAUGUUCGUGGACACAGGAGACGCCGACAUGACCGUCGUCAACUGUUUUGGUCGUUCUGAGAACACUGCGAUAGAGUUCGAUACGGAGCCGAAGACAGAAGCGCGCAUGAGAUGGAUGCCUGACUUUGACUAUGCAGGCAAUAUCACAUUCUUGGCCACAAUAGUCCAGUCCGGGGAGAUAUUCUGGCUAAGAGAAAAGGGAGAUUCAAUCUCUGUAUACAACCCGUGGUAGAAAUUUACAUAUAAGAAGUGAUGUUUGUAGAUUUUCUUGACUGUAA